AUGACCGGACUCUCCAUCUUCGACAUCCCCUUCAUCAUCGACGCGAUCUGUGAGAACCUCUCAGCUGACGACAUCUUUCGCUGCCGGAAAACCAGCAAACCCCUCCACAAGGCCUUUCUCCGUCCUCACUGGAGAGACAUCACCGUCCGCAAGAUACUGACGGCGGACGAAUUAGACACUAUUCGGAAGCAUGCCCCCUGGAUCCGAACUUUGACCAUCGACUAUCCCGAACACGGCGUUGGCGCAACCUACGACCUUAAGGGCACCAUUCUGCCAGUUCUCCCUGAGUUGACACUUUUGACAAGGAUCGAUAUUACAUUGGACGAGAUCUUCAACCCGGAGCUGCUCUUCGGGAUCCUCAAUGUAUUGCCAGACUCGGUUCAUAUCCUGGAGGUAGACUAUGAGGAUUACUUUGAUGGGGAUUGGAAGCAAAGCCGUGUCGAGGAGCCCUGGAAACCCAACAAGUUGGAACACAUCUGUUUCUGCGGUGCCGACGAGUCUGCUAACGAAGACCUCUACCUAAUCCCCCUUAUCAAAGCCUCUCCAGAAUUACAGGCGCUCAGAAUCCCCUCCGUCAGCAGCGAUCAUGUCGACUCCUUCAUGGAAGCGUUAGGCGAGUCGUGCCCAAAACUGAGGUAUCUUGUUCUGAACAAGCACAAGGCUGACCAUUCUUGGGGUAGCGAGGCAACCUUGUUUGAUCAUAUCCAUCAGCCUCUCAAGAUGCUCCGGAUCGAUCUCGCCCAGGACAGGUACGAGAGCAGUAUAGUUAUUUCAACCCUGUUGAAAUACUCGGUAGACUCUCUUCAGGAACUUCGUCUUCACAACGUGGACGGUUUACCGGAUGAGCUCCUGGACAAAUUGGUGGAAAAGUGCCAGAACCUAAAGGUUAUUUAUCAUAGGGACAAUUACAGCUAUCAGAGCGCCAAUAUGAUGACGGGCAGAGGAUGGAAAUGA